CGUCUAUCGGACCAUUAGAUGAAAUCGUCAUACACCUUGCCAAAGAUUUAGGUGCAGCUUUGAUAUCGAUAGAUCUGGAGGACCUUGAAGACUUAAGCUGUGAAUUCAAGCGUCAGGACGAGAAUUAUGGCCACGCUCUCAUAAAUGAAGACGAUGCAGAAUCAUCUAAAUCAGAUGUACAACAUUACUUCGUUGUCAAAUCGGAACAGAACGCGUCCAAAAAUGCUUGGCUGCGGGUUAACCGAGCCAUCUCAUCAAUCAUUAACACUGCACGGGUAAAUUCUCAGGCCUGUGCCUCAGCUACUCCCACAGGCAACGACAUUCCACGAAAUCUACCUGUCAUACUUCAUAUUCGCCACUUGAAUGGGAUGUUGGCUGAGGAUAAAAGGGGUAGAUUGCUUGCCAGGCUCCGUAACUUCGCCCAGGAAUAUCGGAAGGGCGGGGGGAAUCUCGUUCUGCUAGCGACAUGGUGUUCUGAUGGCGAUGACGACGACUACUUCGAACCACGGAUGAUGCGAAAGAUGGGAAUUUGUAACGAAUCUUGUGUGACUAUCAACCCAGUUACUCGCACUGGUCUUGAGGGGCCCUGCAGAAAGGAUGGAAAUAGUUAUCUCGCCAUGAUCAAUACGCGGCGCCUGAAGAGAUCUCUGAGGGAAAAGUUGGUUAAUGGUACAUCUAUGGAUUUCUUGCAUAUGAACUCCGACUGGGGAAUCCUUGGCAACCCAUUUGGCCAUUUCCCAUGGCCAGAAGAUGAAUUAAAGCGGGCAACACUACAAAUCGUGGGGAAAACGCUGAAGAAUCCGGUACUAGGCCUUCCUGACAUUGAAAUUGUCCUUCGGCGGCUCAAUUUAUGUAUCACGCCACCCCAGAUCGUAGAAACAGUCCAGAGUGACAAGGCGGAUAAUUCUAUACCGUGGAAAGAGAAGAUAGACCGUCUUAAGGGCGGUUGUAACGAAUUUGAGGAGAAACUUCUGGACUCCGUUGUCAACCCAGUGAACCUCGAGUUAACAUAUGACGAUGUUAUAAUCGACUCGGAAAGUAAAGAGACUAUGAAAUAUUUGGUUUCGAUGUCAAAUUUCUGUCCAGAUGCUAAGUCGAGCUACCUUCUUAACCAGAUCAGAAUCAAUGGUGCCUUGCUUUACGGACCUCCGGGAACAGGCAAGACACAUCUGAGUCGUGCCAUCGCUAAAGAUUCAGGCAUGAACAUGAUUGCCAUUGAUUCUGCUUCCAUCACCUCCAGAUGGUCAGGAGAAACAGAGAAAUUCAUUAAAGCUUCCUUCACACUUGCUUCGAAACUCUUCCCGUGUGUUUUAUUCAUUGACGAGGUGGACGCUCUGUUCUAUCGUCGUGAUUCUGACGACAAGAGCUGGCAGAGAAGCGCGCUUGCUCAAUUUCUGCAAUGUCUUGAUGGACUUGUCAAAGAGGAAAAGGGACCAUUUGUCAUUGCAGCCACGAAUCGUCCCUCAGAUCUCGACGACGCAUUCCUCCGCCGGCUACCACAGAAAUUGUUCUUUAAACUCCCAGAUGCAGAGUCCCGGCUGAAGAUACUUCGACUCUUCUUAAAAGACGAAGACAUCCACAGUUCGCUUGAUGUUGAGGGAUUAGCGAAGGUCACCGAGGGUUAUUCGGGUUCGGAUAUACGGAGCCUGUGCGGCAAGGCGGCAAUGAUCUGGGCGAUUGAGCAAGAAAGGCCCAAGGCCAGAGAUGGCUUGAAGGGCAAACCCAAAUUAUGUCUCGAAGCUCGUCACUUCGGUAAAGCUCUUCAGAAUAUCAGGCCAAGCGUUUCCGAGAAAGCCCUUGCGGAGUUCACCAAAUUUGCUAAGCAAUACAAUGCAAACGAUUUCAAGGACUCAUCAUCUGCAUCUUAUACUAUCGACGAGCGAUGUUUCACGAAAUCUGUGGUGGUAUCCGACGAAGCUUGAAUCGAGCCGGAUGCAGUAACUAAACAGUCAUCGAACCGCCCACAACUACUGUGUCUUUGCCUAUAGUUACGGUUAUCCAUUUAACCUAUAGGUACUUCGUAUAGCUUAGAAGGGUGGAUAAUUAAUUGACGAUAUAGAGGUAUUGGUAAAACUAAGUGCUUUUUAAUGCUGGUGAUUGUCGUGAACAUUGCUGUUGCCUUUUGGAUGCAUAGUUAGCUAUCCGUUGAGAUGUGGUCCUUCGGGCAUAAGAUAG